CCGCUAGCCAAUCAAUGAACAAAUCAUCGACGCACUGUCCGAGGCGUCAUUAUACACAGCAUUUGAACCCUUUCCAUAUUCUUUACUGAAAACAAGUUUGAGACUUUGUUGCUGUCCUAGGUGGAAUUGAUAAUUAUAAUAUUGCAAAACUUAGAAGAAAAGAUCUUAAAGCUAACUAUAUUGCAAGACUUGGGAUACCUUAAGCUAAGGAACAGACCAAAAUGCCUUUGGAUGAAAACUGUCGGUUGAAGACAUACAAGAACAAAGGAAGAGAUGCAGAUGAGAUGCGAAGACGUCGUACUCAAGUCUCUGUUGAGCUAAGGAAGAGCAAGAAAGAUGAACAACUGCUGAAACGUAGGAAUGUGUCGGUCUGUGAUGAACCAACAAGUCCACUACAAGAAAAAAAUAAGGAAAGGCUUCUGAUGAGUAUUCCAGAGAUAAUUGCUGGAAUUACUUCGAGUGAUCCACAAACACAACUGACUGCAACCCAGGCAGCAAGAAAGCUUCUCUCAAAAGAACGAAAUCCUCCUAUUGAUGAUGUAAUUCGUGCUGGAGUAAUUCCACAUCUUGUACAAUUCCUCAAAUACAAUGACAGGCCUGAUAUACAGUUUGAGGCUGCAUGGGCAUUAACCAAUAUAGCAUCUGGUACAAGUGAGCAGACAAAAAUUGUGGUUAACGCUGGAUCAGUUCCACAUUUUAUUAAUCUUCUUGAUUCAGAAUCUCAGAUUGUUUGUGAGCAGGCAGUUUGGGCACUUGGUAAUAUUGCUGGCGAUGGACCGGAUCUCCGUGAUUAUGUGACUGAUGCUGGAAUUAUUGAGCCUAUUCUCCGUCUUGCUAGAAAUGAUGCCCCGGCUGGCUUCUUAAGGAAUGUAACAUGGACAAUUUCAAACUUGUGCCGAAACAAGAACCCACCACCAAAAUUUAAAACUGUGAAACAGUGUCUUCCAACUCUGUCCCGCCUGUUACAUCAUCAAGACCGAGAGGUGCUGGCUGACACGUGUUGGGCCAUCUCAUACCUUACUGAUGGGACAAAUGAUAAAAUACAGGAAGUUGUAGAUGCUGGUAUUGUACCUCAGCUGGUUUCACUGCUGAUGGUGGAUGAGGUGUCCGUGCUGACUCCAACUCUGAGAUCUGUGGGUAAUAUUGUCACGGGGGAUGACUUACAAACUCAGAUUGUAAUAGACAGUGGAGCUCUUGAUGCAUUUCCAAAACUCCUGACCCACACCAAAACAAAUAUCCAGAAAGAAGCAGCAUGGACAAUCUCCAAUAUCACUGCUGGAAAUACAUCGCAAAUCCAAGCUGUUGUUGACAAAUCAUUGAUUCCCCACAUUGUCCAUAUUCUUGUCAACGGCGACUACAAGAGUCAGAAGGAAGCAGUUUGGGCGGUGACCAAUUUAACAUCUGGUGGUACUGUGGAACAGAUAGCUUAUGUGGUACAAAUGGGCAUCAUUCCACCACUAUGUGACCUCCUGGGGUCGAGAGAAGCCAAAGUGAUCUUGGUCAUUCUGGAUGCAUUUAACAAUAUUUUACAUGCUGCAGAAAGAAUUGGACAACAUGAGCAAGUGUCAGAGUUAAUCGAAUCGGUGGGAGGUGUUGAUAAAAUAGAACAUCUUCAAAAUCAUGAAAAUGAGCAGGUUUACAAAGCAGCACUGGAGCUGAUUGAAAAAUACUUUGGUGGAGAAGAAGAAGAUGAGAGCAUUGCGCCAAGCCAGACUGCUGAUGGUGCAUUUGAGUUCAAUGCAACACCCUCGGUGCCAGAACAAGGUUUCUCUUUUUAAGAUAAAACUUAUCAACUGACGGAAUUCAAGUAAUCAUGGCUUCCUUUAUCACUUGAAGUGUUUUGGAACACUGCUGAUUUGUUAAUUCACCUUUGUGGCCUAGUGGCACAACAAUUACAAAUACUUAUUAUACAGAAAACACUUUGCAUAACAAUGAUGCAUAUUUUGAAACAGUUUAAAAAAAAACACGUAUGUCUAAACUAUUGUUUGCCUUAUUUUGUUGCAUUUCCCCACCCAAAUGUUCUUUCUAUCUCACACUUUCUUGUUUUGAUCUCUUGACUUUCAGAUCUUGACUUAUUUGUACAUUUCAUUUCAACUUAUACUUUAAGAAUAUUUUGUAAAUAAAGAAUUUACAGUCAAAUUAUUGAAAAAAUUAACAUUGACAUUUUUUAUAAUGCCUAUUAACACUAAACAUUUCACGUUGCUCAUUAGUGCUCCAUUUAUUUAUAUUGUUUAUCAUGCAACCAUUUGGUGCAUAUUGCUCAGAACAGUGUUUAUUGUCAAAUGUUUUACAAUAUAUAUAUAUAUAUAUAUGUAUACAACACAUUUUUAUAGAAUUUGUAGUUAAAGGAUAUGAUGAAUGGAACAACGGUGAUGCUUAUUAUUAAAAUUACAUGUGUCAUAAAACUUAUAUUGAUAAGUCUUGCUGAUAAAGCACUAUUUUUUUCAAAGUGACAAAAACCCAGCCGAAACAAACAAGACCUGUGACAUCAGUGUGUGAAAACAUUGAGUCACAUGGUUGGCUUUUGCAUGCAUUCAAGCAGUGAUUUUUGGACAGUUGAACUUAAAAACAUAAGAUAAACUAUUUUAUCUUCAAUGAUUAUUGAAAACCUAUAUAAUCUAUUUGAUAUGAACUGGUGACCAGUGGGUGGAGGCACACCUAAUAAAACCUGGAUUUUAAGAUGAAGUUGAUCUUAUUUUUUGGUUAUUGUGACUUGAAAAUUGUUCCAUGGUCAAUAGGAAGGUGCCAAAAAGUGGUGGGCACCCCCCCCCCCCCAUAUAUAUAAAAAUACAUGUAUAAAUAUAUAAAAACCAUCGCUGCUGCUACAAAGUGACAUUGAGCCCUUUUAGAACUGUUUGUCAUGUUAAUUGAGCUGGUUGAUAAAGCAGUCAAUUUACCGAGAUUACUAUCAUUAGGGAACAAAAAUUUGUUUUGUUUAACAACAUCACUAGAGUAUAUUGAUUUAUUAAUCAUAGGCUAUUGGAUGUGAAACAUUUGGUAAUUUUGACUUGGUCUUAAGAGAGAAAACCUAUAUUUUUCCAUUAGUGGCAAGGGAUCUUUUAUAUGCACCGUUCCACAGACAGGAUGGCACAUACCACAGUGCACUGGCUGGGACUAGAAAUAGCUCCAUGGCCCUGCUGAAUGGGAUCUAUCCCAGAUCGACUGUAUCAAGCAAGUGCUUUACCACUGGUUUACUUCCCACCCCCAUUAGGGAACAAAUGAAGGUUGAUCUCAUCCUUUUACAGUCCCAUAACAAUUUCGACACCUCGCUGAACACCACCAUUUAAUCAAAGUAAAGUUUGAUUGUCUUGAUCACCUUGUCUCUUUACCUACCUUUUCUCCAUGCUUUAACACAUGCAAAAGCUGAACCAUGUGACUUAUGUUUUCAUUGACUGAUGUCAUGGGUCCUUUAGUAACAGGCAGACAAAAUCAAUAUAUUAAGUUAGCUUGCAGAAAAGGUAAAUAAAUGAAUAUUGAACCAAUGUAACCAAACGCAUGUCAAAGGUUCAUGGUAUCCUUUUAAUACUGUGCUUUUGAAAAGGUACAAAUUAAUUGUGCAAAAUGUUUAAUUUUUUGUGAAAACCAUCAACAUUUUCUUUAACAUAAUUCACUGAUUUAUAUCCUUAAUAACAAGUUAAAAAAAUAUAUACGGUAUUACUGAUUAAAUAUUGACAUGGAUGGUUAGUAUUUGGGUGGGGGGAGGGGGUGGAGUUUCAAGAUUUUUGCAGCUCGAGUUUAAUGAUUUUGGAAAUGUUGAAUAAAAUGUUUUGAUAGAAUUGGCAUCCGGGUUCAGUGCUUGAAUGUUAAAAAUAAGCAUUCAUUAAUUGCAAGUGAAAAUUAGUCGAUAAAUAGCUUCUUUGUUAUAAAAUAAUUAUGUUGAAUUGUACAUGUUGGGUCAUGGAAUGAAAUUUGUGUUGUAUAACUAUAUAGACUACAACAUGCAUUGAAAUGGAGCAAUAAGUCCACCACGUAUGCAUUUGAAACCUAAAUGUAUGGAUUGCAAUAUUUAAAUUAUGCCUUUGUUUUUUUUUUGUUUUUAGCACUAAGCAUUCAUAUUUUCAGCAAAUUGAAUUUGCUAGCACUCUUGUCUUUCUGUCACAAUAAAUUCAUAUUUUGAU